AUGAAGACUUAUGCCACUCUUUUGGCCAUUGUGGCCGCUUCCAAUGCCUCGCCGCUUGGCGUGUCCGUCAAGCGGGACGCCUUUGAUAGCAAGGAUGCCAUGUGCAAAGGAUGGGAUCUCACAACCCCCGAGGGCGCCGACAAGCUCUGGGAAGACACCUACUCUGGAGCAUCACUUGACCUCUUCAUCAAGACUCAGUGGGAACACGAGAACUCUUGGGUGAAGAACCUCGAAGACUUCGUCUCAGGUGGCACAUCGGGCAAGUCUGGUGCCGCCGGCUGCUCGGCACUUGGAAACGAGUGUAAGCCCUUGAACGACAUGACAUGCGAUGACCAAUACGACGCAUACGGCAAGACCCCUAUUGGCAAGAACUCCUACUGGAUCUUCCAAGCGGUUAAGGGCAUGCAUGCUAAGUUCAACGAGCUGAACCGCCAGCUCACGAAGGAGACUCUCAUCAGCGGUCUGCAGAUCGGCCAGAUGGUGACCGACUUCCAAGGAAACCAGGAUGACCCUGGCGACGUCCUUGGAUGGCUUUCUGCCGCUGCUUCGAUGGGUGGUGCGAUUGGAGGUCUGGUUCCUGGAGCUGGAACUGCCAUUGCUGGUGGCUUCGGUAUGCUCAGCGGCAUCUUCUCUGGCCUCGCCUCCAACAGCGCCGACGAGAUCGACCAAGGCUCAAUCUCCGCUGCCCUAGCCGACGCCUUCAAGGCAGCCACGGGUGCCCUCGAGAACACCCUUCGCAUCGCCACCGGUGGCGGCACCAGCCAGGCCGAGUACGACUCGCUCCCGGCCCCCAAGUGGGACACCUUCCAGAGCAAGAUCACAAAGUUCUACAACGGCGGCUGGUUCCUCGUCGACGACGACGAGCAGGCCGUCACCGUCGCCCUGCAGUCCAUCAGCAACAACAUCAAGCCAAAGGUCGCCAACGACGUCAUGAGUGCCGCCAAGCUCCACCUCGUCGCUGACAGGCGCGAUAACGUCAAGUCGCGCGAGGACUGCGGAUUUGCUCCUGGACGCCAGUGGAUGGCACUCCGGGAUGGCGAGGAGUACUGCUUCUAUAUCAUGCGCAACAGCCCCAACCCGAACCGUGACAACGACUGGGUUGAGGUCGAGGCCGAGAUUUACGACAAGAUGGCUUCGUACGGACUUGGGAACCGUGACCCGUACUACCGUGCCAUUAUUGACUGCGCGCUCAACGGUGGAGAUGACAAGGACAAGGUUGAACUGAGCAACUUGGCUUGGGGCAAAGUUCCUACGUGCUACUUCAACCUGCCAGCAGUGUUCAUCGACAAGGAUACCAAGGUUGGCUGCGGCAGCCCCUUUGACAACCAGGACUGCAACUACAUUGCUGCCACCCCAAUCUCUUAG